CAAAUCGCUUCCAUUGAUCCGGCCGUACACAAACUGGGCUUAAUUUUCACAAUACUCCACAUAUACUAUUUUUCACAACCGUGUUUCUCUAUUGGAAAGGCUAAAUGCAACCACUAUAAGGCGAUUCAAAGUUACUCAGUCAUCUGUUCGUGAAUUAAUAUUUAUAUGUACUUGGAGGGGCCAUCAUGGACAGGCAGAAGUUGUAUUUACAAUUUAUAUUGCUCUUUAUCUUGAUCUUCAAUGGAGUAGUAUGUCCAAAUGGUGAAUUAAUGUGUGUGUAUCAAGGUAAUGAUGGUAUGAGAGAAUUUUCAGUGGAUGCCGAUACUGAUCAGCUGGACAUGUCCUUUGAUGAAGCCGUACCAAUUGAUGCUCGUGCGAACAUAUCAUGUGGUUCUAAUGAUGAAGGGGGACAUUCCUUCGAGCUUGUCGCUCAAGAGGAAUGGCAAAUUCUUCUUCGUAUAUCUCCGAUAGACAGUGAUGACGUCAUCGUCGAAGCCUUCAAUGAGAAUUAUGAUCACGUUAUAUCGAGUGAAAACCACCAAUCCGGUUAUCCGAUGUAUCUGCUCUCUGAGACAAAUAUUCUGAAGAUUUUUUCUGAAUAUAAAAAUCGGGGAGGCUUAAACAGGAGGUUUAUGCUCAAUGCCCGGGCAGUCAAAUUAGUUGAACAACAUAAUCUACAAGAUUCGACGUCCUGUUACGACCAGGAAAGGGAUGGCCAAUCUGGUGCUUGGAUAUAUCGAGUCACCUGUGACCAUAUCCAUCCUACCUACGACAGUGUGCUCAUAUCAUAUCGGCAAGGCCAAGGGAUGUCAGACACAUACAGAACAAUUAUGUGCGAGAAAUUUCAUGAUGAACUUCCCGGCACCUCCACCAUGCCGCGGGUUGACACCUGGCCGAAUUUAUCAUGCUUUCGUAAAUCAACCAAAUUAGUGAUGAUCGUUGUCUCCGCACAAAUGCAGAUGGCAUCCGACGUCUUGAUAGAAACAAUCGUCUUUCGUGGUUCCGGUGAAAAGAGUGAAAGGAGAGCUACACUGAUCAUUGUACCAAUUGUCGUUGUCAUCGCGGCUAUCUUGAUACUUGCGUUUGUGGCAUUCAUGUGGUGUAAACGAAGAAACAAAAAGGAGACGGCGAAUGCAGAUAUCAUCUCAGCUAAAAACGACCCAAACAUGCCGAAUAGCUGUAGAUCAGGAGAGAGCAUGGAGGCUGAGAAUCCUCGAUACACGGCUUCGAACCCCGCGUUAGAACACGAAGGUUCCUCGAACGUGAUCAAUCGGGGUGAGGAAUCGACUACCUACAAUGAGAUCGGAGAACAGGACUAUCACCACUACUACUACCCAGAUAGCAUACCAGGAAACACAUCGGUUGGUGUGACCACUUCUGUUGAGUCUGGUCUGUAUCAAGAGCUCAUCAAAGGUGAAAAUGGCGCUGCCGGUGCUGUGGAUAAGAACGCGGUAAAUAAAGGUCCCGAUCAUGGAACGUCCAGUGACCAACAUACCUACCAGGAAUUGCAACGUGACUUUAGCACCACCAAUGGUGUUCGCCAAGAUGGUGAUCUUCCACUAGCUCGAGCCUUACAGGAAGCACCCGAAAAUGAGAACGGCUACCAGGCUCUCCAGAAGCCUACCCCUGAAUACGCUACCCUAGAACUGCCUUCAGACAUUGCAACAACACCGCAAACUGGACAGACGUUAACUUCCUCUUCUCACGAUAAAGAGCUUCCUUCAGAUACGAGGUACGAAGCUCUCCACCAAGGACCAAAGAUCGUUGGACACCAAGAAAGCUCCGCGGGAUAUAGCACACUAACGCCGACAGAUGAAACAGCAGGCGAUGAUUACGAAACUCCAGAUGCAGGGCCGAGGGUGACACAUGCCUCUCACGAUCCGAGUUCUGCUACCGAGGAGCCAUACGAUCGCCUCGAACGCACCAGGCCUUCAGAUGCUUCACCAAUUAUUGACCAGCCAAAGACUAACGGCACUGUAUCUAACCCUGACGAUGAUUACCAGACACCAAUCGGAGCAGCCGAAGAUCAUCUGAAUGAAUACCAGACCCUGGAGGACCAAGGAUAUCACCAAGAACCUGCAGCAGGCCUUGAAGAUGAUCAUGACUACUCACAUCUUCAGAGGAACCUGGGACAAAAACCCGAUUCCGGUGUGACCAAUGACAACGGUGGGGAUAAUUCUUACGGAAAGUUACAAAUUCAGCGAUAAGUAAAAUUCAGAAUA